AUGAAUUCCUUAAAUGAGAAAACAAAAAAAAGACUUCUUAAUGAUGAAUUAAAUUUCGUUUUUAACAAAAAAGAAACUUUUGAAGAUAUUAAUAAUAGUUAUUUAAUUAAUAAAAAUGAAAAUUCUAAUGGAGAUAUAUAUAAUUUUAAUUUAAAUGAAAAUAUAAAUGAAAAUAAUAUUUCCUUAUUUAAAGAUAAUGAAAAAUCAAUAAAUAAUAGUAAUAUUACUAUGUUAAAAUCAAAUGUAGAAUAUGAGAAAAAAUGCAUUAAUGACAUGAAUUCAAAAGAUAGUAACAUUUUUUUUUUAAAAUUAGAAGGAAAUUGUUUGGAUGAUUUAAGAAUUACUGAAAAAAAUUGUGAUAAAUUAUCUAAUGAGAACAAUGUUCUAAAAGAUAAUAAUAUUAAAAUAAAAAAUAUAAAAGAAAGUAAAAACAAUAAGGAAAAUAUCAAUAUGUUGUAUAUUUUUAAUAACAAAAAUGAGAGCAAUAAUAACGUUUCUGAUGAUAAUAAAUGGAUCAAUAGUAAUAAUAACGGUAUUAACAAUGUAAAUAACAAUAACAAAAAUAAUGAUAAUAAAAAUAAGGUUAACGAAAGAAAUGGUAAUGAUAGUGAUUGUAAUAAUGACGUUAACAAUAGUAAUGAUGGCAAUUUAAUAGAUAUCUCAAAUAAUGAAGAAAUUAUUCAAGAAAUAAAUGAAUACAAUGAUCAUAAUGACUUAAAUUAUUUAAGUAAACAUGAAAAUGAAAUAGAUAAUAGAAUAAAAAGGAAAAUAAAUUCUUUAAAACAUAAUGAAAUAAAAAAGAAAAAAAAAAAUGAUGUAGAUAAUAUAUUACCCUAUACAUCAGUUAAUAUAGUGAAUUCAGAAUCGUCUUUAAAAGAAAAAUAUAAUUAUAAAAGUAAUGUAGACGAAAAAAAAAAUGAUGAAGAUUACGGAAAAACAAAUAUUGAUAUUAAAAAUGAUAACAUUAUAUAUGCAAAUGAGGCUUUAAAAAAAUAUCCCCGAAUAUUUGCAACUAGAUUACCUUUUGAGGCUAAUAAAAGAGAUUUAGAAAAACAUUUUUCAAAAUAUGGAAAAAUAAUAGACAUAUAUGUUUCAAAGAAUUUAUCAAACAACAAAAAUAAGGGAUUUGGUUUUGUUUCUUUUGAAAAACAAGAAUCAAUGGAUAAAGAUAAGUUACACAUAAUUUGUGGAAAAGAGAUUGUCGUAGAUGUUGCAUCUAUGAGAGAUAACAAAUCUAGUCAACUUUUUCCUUUACCAUCUGAUCAUUAUUUAGUUAAAAAUCAAAAAAAUAAGAAAAACAUUAUAAGCAAAACCCUCAAUAGAGACAUAAAUUUUAAUAAAUAUGAUAUAUAUAAUAAAUCUAAUAAUAUAAAAAUUAAAUCAAAAAGCAAUGAUAAUUACUUAAUGUUACGGAAUUUGAAUAAUUUAAACCCCAAUUAUAAUAUUUUGAAUUCAUCAAAUUUUAAAAUAAAAACAGCAAAACAAAUUUAUAUUCCACCUCUCGCAUAUAAUAUAAACCCUAAAUAUCUGAAUUCAUCUUAUUCAAACUGUUCAAGAAAUAUAGAAAAUAGUUACUAUUACAACUUUGUAAAUUAUAAAAAUUCAAAUAAUUUAUUAUUAUACAAUGAUAAUAUGUAUAACUCAAAAAAAAUACCUUUUCCAUAUUGUGCUUGUGAUUCACAUUAUUUAAAUCAGAAUUUAAUUACCAAAAAUAUAUUUUCACAAAGGAAUAAUAUAAAUGAAAAAAAUACUUCAAAAUGUACAUCUAAUUUAAUUUCAAAUGUGAAAUAUAACACUAACUCAUAUGUUCGCAAAUUACCAGGUGGUGAUGAGUGGAACAAGAGAGGAUAUAAGUUAUUUGUUACUAAAUUAAAUAGUGUAACAACUGUUGAUACUUUAAGAAAUUACUUUGAAAAAUUUGGGGAGAUUAUAGAUAUAUAUAUGCCUAAUGAUAUAUGUACUAAUAGACCACGUGGUAUAGCUUUUGUUACGUUUUUAGAUUGUGAUUGCGUUAAAAAAAUUUUAUCAAACAAAAAUUUAAAACAUAUAAUAGAUGGAAAAGAAGUAGUUGUGGAUUUAGCAGAUCCAGAAACUAAAAAUAAAAAAAGUUUUAAUUAUUUAUAA